UUGUUGAUACUAGUGAGAGAAGGACAGAGAGAGACCUUUCUUUACUAGCUUUGUUUUGUGUUUGCACCAAGACCUUCUCUCCUCUGUCUAUAUGUUCUCAGCUCCCAACGUUUAGUGAGACUAGUAUUUGCUGGGCUCAAGGAUCCAAGAUAAAUAGAGAGAGAAUGUGGAGGAGGUAGAGAGAGGUUUUUGUUGUUGAAGAAGGAGGAGGAACUCAUCAGCCAGCCUCCUCUCAGUUCAUCCCUCCAUCAUAUACUGCUACUAGCUAGAUAGACAGACACACGACACUAGAGACUAGAGAGAGAGCGAGGGAGCCAAUAAAAAUUGUGGGCUGAGAAAGAAAAAAAAAGGGGUAAAAAUAGGCUGAGUCUCCUCCUCCGUCGCCCAACAAAAAAGGGCCUCUAGUUGCCAAGAAGCGAAACGUCCGCAAACCCCCUGAAAACCUCCCCUACGAAAGCCACGCCUCACGCCAUGUCGGCGGAGGAGGGCGAGGCGUCCGGAUCGGCGCCGCCGCCGGUGCUCGACGCCGCCGGAGCAAUGGGCCCCGAGGAGGCCGCCGCCAGGAAGCGCUACGACGCCCUCAUGCAGGUCCGGGCCAAGGCCGUCAAGGGCAAGGGCGCCUGGUACUGGGGCCACCUCGAACCAGUCCUCGUCCCGCCGCCCGCCUCCGGCGCGCCCCCCAAGGCCGCCAGGCUCCGCUGCGGCCUCUGCGCCGCCACCUUCUCCGCCUCCAACCCCUCCCGCACCGCCACCGAGCACCUCAAGCGCGGGGCCUGCCCUAAUUUCGCCGCCGCCCAGGGCGCGCCGCCGCCGCCUCCGCCCCCGCCCCCGCCGCACCAUCAGAACCAGCAGCUGCAGCUCGUCACCGUCUCCUCCCCCGCGUCCUCGAUCGUCCCCAUCUCAUCCAUCCCCCCGUCCUCCUCCUCCUCCCAGCGCCGCCACUCCACCGGCGGUGGCGGCGGCCGGAAACGCCACGCCCUCGCCGCCGCCUACGCCGCCGUUUCCGAGGCGGCGGCAUCGCACCAGCACCACAUCGUCGUGGCCGACCCCACCGCCUACUCCCCGACGCCACCCACUCCCCCGGGGAUGCCCACGCCCAGGCAGGUGCUCUCCGGCGGCAGGGGCGACCUCGGCCCGCUCGCCAUGCUGGAGGACAGCGUCAAGCGCCUCAAGUCUCCCUCGGCGUCCCCUGGCGCGAUGCUCCCGCGGCCCCAGGCCGAGGCCGCGCUCGCCCUCCUCGCCGACUGGUUCCUCGAGUCCUCCGGCAGCACGUCCCUCUCCGCCGUCGACCACCCCAAGCUCAAGACCUUCCUGCGCCAGGUCGGCCUCCCGGAGCUACCCCGCGCCGAGCUCGCCGGCGCGCGCCUCGACGCGCGCUUCGCGCAGGCCUGCGCCGACGCCGCGGCGCGGUUCCGCGAGGCCCGCUUCUUCCAGCUCUCCGCCGACGGCCUUCGCGACCCGGUGAUCACGCUCUCCGUCAACCUCCCCAACGACACCUCCGUCUUCCACCGCGCCGUGCCCAUGCCGGCGCCGCCCUCCGCCUCCUCCGGCUACGCCGAGGAGCUCCUCCUCGACGCGGCCUCCUCCGUCGCCGCCUCGUCCGGCGACAUCCGGCAUUGCGCCGGCAUCGUCGCCGACCGCUUCGGCUCCAAGACGCUGCGCGACCUCGAGGCCAAGCACCACUGGAUGGUCAACCUGCCCUGCCAGGUGCACGGCCUCUCCCGCCUCGUGCGCGACAUGGCGCGCGACCUCCCGGUCUUCCACAACGCCGCCGCCAAGUGCGCCAAGGUCGCCGCCUACUUCAACGCCACGCCCGCCGUGCGCGCGCUGCUGCACAAGCACCAGAUGCAGGAGCACGGCCACGCAUUCCUCCUCCCCGUCGCCGCCCCGCCCUACAACGACGGGGAAUUCACCGCCGCACCGUUCGCCAUGCUGGAGAGCAUCCUCACCUCGUCCCGCCCGCUCCAGAUGGCGGUGCACGAGGAGUCCUACAAGGUGGUCUGCAUUGACGAUCCCUCCGCCAGGGACAUCGCCACCAUGGUGCAGAACGUGGUGUUCUGGACCGAGGUCGAGGCCUCGCAUUCCCUCGUCAAGAUGAUCAUGGACAUGGUCAAGGAGAUGGAGGCCGAGAGGCCCCUCGUGGGGCAAUGCCUGCCGCUCUGGGAGGACCUGCGCGGCAAGGUCAGAGGCUGGUGCCGGAAAUUCAGCAUCGAGGAGGCCACCGCCAUGAAUGUGCUCGAGAGGAGGUUCAGGAAGAACUACCACCCGGCGUGGUCGGCGGCAUUCAUACUGGACCCUCUGUAUCUGAUCAAGGACGCCGGCAGGAGGUACCUUCCGCCGUUCAACUACUUGACGCCGGAGCAGGAGAAGGACGUCGACAGGCUGAUCACGAGACUGGUGUCGCCGGAUGAGGCGCACCUCGCUCUCAUGGAGCUGAUGAAAUGGCGGUCGGACGGGCUCGACCCGCUGUACGCGCAGGCGGUGCAGGUCCGGCAGCCCGACCCUUUGACGGGGAAGAUGAAGAUCGCCAACAAGCAGAGCAGCCGGCUGGUCUGGGAGACAUGCCUCAGCGAGUUCAAGUCACUUGGCAAAGUGGCCGUCAGGCUCAUCUUCCUCCAUGCAACCGCAAAGGGGUUUAAAUGCACGCCGUCGAUGACACGGUGGCUCACCGCGUCGGGGAGCUCUUCUAGCGGCAUUGGCCGCGCGCACCGGCUGGUGUUCAUCGCGGCCAAUUCGAAGCUGGAGAGGAGGGAUUUCUCAAACGACGACGACAAGGACGUGGAGCUGCUCACAGAAGGAGAUGAUGACCCUAUGCUAACCGAGAACGCCGUUGUGGAUCCCUCCUCUUCAGUGUAGCAUUCUUCCUGCUGCUUAAAUUUGCUUCUUUGUGCAUUUGAUGAUGUUAGCAUCGGUUUAGAAUUUGAUCUAGGAAAUUGUCAGAUUCUUUUCUUUUUUGUCCUUCAUGCUGUGCCCCUCAUGUUGCUAGUUCUUGCUCCCUCCUCUUUGUUUUGGUUGGGUAGGGGGUAGGGGCAUGAGAUGGAGAUAUGCACCCUUAAUUUGCUUGUCAAGUGUGCUUAAUCAAUAAAUGGCUCUUGUCAUA